AUGACCAGCAGCGGGCAGCUUAUAAUGAUGCACGUUCUGCUAUUAUAUACAAGUACAGUAAAAGGACAUAGCGAAUCUAUAAAGAACGAAGAGGAGUGUAAGAUAGCGGAUCUGUGCGUGCACGACAAAGUUCCGAUGUGCGGCAUCGACUCCUGUGGCGAAAUGAGAACAUUCAUCGAUACUUGUGACAUGCAUGAAUUUAACUGUGAUAGCAAAAAAGAUUUCAAACAACGUCCCAUUCACGAAUGUUGGGUAACUUGUAAAAGGGGACGCUCCUUCAAAAAACCAGAAUACCGAACCGACUGCAACCUUAAUGCUAAAGCUAAUAGACUUUAA